UAGCAACCUGAGCCCAGUGGAAGCGUAUAGAUAACGUAUAGAUCUUAGUAGCAGUGCACGGUCUAGAAGUCAGCUUGGAGAUCGAAGCACCUGUACAGUCUAUGCUGCACAGAGCCCCAGGGCUCUGCAUCUGGUUGUAUGAGUGAAGCUCAGGAUUGGCAGCUCACACUUGGUUGCGCAGCUGUGGAACCCAGUGGCAGAACUAUCAAGCCAGGCAAACAGAUAGUGCUGUUUGUCUUGGUGUAUGAGACUGGGAUACAAAGGUCAGCCCCGAAUCCAGCUUCACCCGAAUCCAGAGACCUGGGCAGCGCGACCAGCAAGGCCUCUCUUAUCACUGGUAAUAUACCAUCUUAUCCAUCAAGAAGAGAAAGAUGCGUGUGGGACCUCUUGUCACCUGAGCACUUCUGCCUAAUACUGCUCCAUAUAUAAAGUGAGCAGCGUGAUCCAGGGUCCAACUCACAGAGGACAGCAGGUGAACAGCAGCUAGAGUCCCAGCCCAGUGACCAGACUGACCAUGUCUCACAAAGCUGCACUUCUGGCUUUGCUCCUGGCCACCGUCUCAGCUGCUCAGGCUGAACGGGCGAGGAAUGGGUUCUGGGAUUACCUCAGCCAGCUCACUCAUGACAAGGACAGUAUGGCACAUACCCAAAGCAUGAAGCUGGACCAAGAGAUCAAAAAAGUGAAAGAAAGUAUCCAAGAAGGAGUUAACUACAUGGGAAAUCUCCUUGAGAAACUGGCCCCACUCAACAGAGGACUUCAGCCCCGGUUCUACCAAGACUCCGACAGCCUGCGAAGGCUCAUCAGGAAGGAGCUGGAAGGCCUGAGGGUGAAACUGUCUCCUUAUGUGGAUGAGGUGCACCAAAAAAUCAGCAAGAACCUGGAAGUGCUUCGCUUCCAGCUGACCCCAUUCACCCAAGAGCUCCUGGACCAGGUCAUGCUGAAAGCUAGGGAGCUCCAGCAGCACCUCACCCCCACUCGAGACGUGAAGGCCCAGUUUCUGGAAGGCGUAGAUGAGGUUCAGAGGUUUGUGUCUCAGUAUGCCAAUAAAAUAGCCUUUCAUACUGACCAAGUGAAGGAGGUCUUCCAUCCGUACGCUGCCAGACUGGUGACGGAGAUCCACCGCAACGUGGAAGAGCUCCAUAGAAACGUCAUCCCACACACCAAAGUCAGCCCGGAAAAACUCAAUCAGUACAUCCAGGAGCUCUCUGAGAAGCUGACCCAGAAUGCCAGGGAUCUCCACCAGAAGAUCCAGAGGAAUCUGAACCACCUCAAGGAGCAGCUGCGCCUUUACCCCAGUGGCCUCCGGGAGCACAUUGCUGGCACUACUGUAGACCCUCCCUGGGCUGUGGACCCCUACAUGGAGGGGCUGGCUCAGGAAGUGCAGCAGAGAAUUGAGGAGUUCAGAAGGGACACGUUCCUCCAGAUAGACGACUUCACCAGAACCAUUGACCGGGAGACAGAAGAAAUGAAGUUCAAACUGUCUCCACUGUCCUCAUACUCAGAGGAGUUUCAGGACAGCUCAGCACCUCUGGAGGAUUUGCAUGUCCGGCUUGACUCUCUGUGGAAGGAUAUUUCCCAGAGUUUGAAUGAGAAAAGCAGUGAUUUACAAUGAAAUCCUGUACCUGUGUAUAGAGAGGGGUGUGCGUGAGUGUGUGUGUGUGCUCGUGCGCAUGCUUAAACCAUGCUAGUGGAAAAGAAAAACUGUCAAGAGGUCAUGUCCUACUCUACUGCACUGUUGGCUAAGGACACUUGUGGCCAUGACUUGGACAACUAUAACAUGCCAUCAACAUGGCUUCUCGUGCCACAUAAGUACAGCUCUUUUGUCUAGCUGCAGUGCUAGUCCAGAGUUCUCAAAUCUGACGGGUGUUCAGCCAGCCCCUCCCUCACUGCCUGGCAGGCCCCUGCGGCUGAAAAAACACGGCAACCUGCUCUCUCUUAGAAAGAUAAAGCCACAAAGUCACCUUCUGUCAGAAGGAUACAAUUUUGUGACUCCGUAUUGAAUCAUGCCAUUUUACUAAAAUAAUUCCACAAACUAGCAUUGCUGUGGUCUUUUGAAAGCCAAAUGGGAAGAGUGCUUAUCUCAGCAGCAGGAAAAAGGGAAUAAGUACCAUACCUGUAAUUACCUAUAGCAGUGAUUCUCAAACUUCAGUGCACCAUGACCCCCCCCCCCGCCUUCUGA